UAAAGUUUUAAAGAAAUUUUAAUAAUAAAGUAAACAAAUUUAAACGAAAAAGAAAAUAAGAAAGAAAUGUUUUGAUUUUGUUACAAAAUUGAAAGUGAAAUUUUUUAACAAAAAUCUAUUAAGAAAAUGUCUGCUGCCACCAAUGCUAUGGAGGCCUCCAGAAAUGAGGAAGAAAAACUAAAUUAUUUUCAAAAAGUAUGGCGUUUUCGCCGUUACUUGACCAUAGAACCGUUUUUCUUCUUCUAUUUAAUGGCUAGUGUUUUCAAUGCCAUUGCCAUGUUAAAUUUUCCUUUGGAUAAGGCGUGUCGCGUUAACUUGGGUUAUAGUAAAGAAGUGUGUGCUACGACUUUGGAUAAAUCACAAUAUGACAUCGAUUGUGAUGCAUUUAAUUUUGAAAAUGCCACCGAAUUUGAGGCCACAAUGGCGGAAAUGUUUUUCAAUGACACCUCACCGGGCUUUAACUAUACAGUGUGUAAAGCAGAAGUGGGUGCUCAGAAAUUGGCUGCCAAUGUUUCGGGCAAAAGAGCACCUAUAGGUAAGAAUCUAUUUGAAGGAGUCUGA